AAAUUCUUAGGUACACACGCCACGACUUAGUCUCAGUUGUCAAUGUGGCGCGCAAUUACGCGGAUACCAAAAACACUUGACUCUCUUGGCCAAGGUGUCGCAGUGCUACCUCAGCAGUUCCAACAUUCCCAGCUGUACAACAACAACCACAAUAUCUGCAGUAAAACCAAUUACCUCAGCUUACACAACCAAGCGUCGCUCAUAAAACCCAAAUACAGAAUGUCGACGGCGAAGCCAAAGGUUGUCUUUGUUUUAGGUGGCCCCGGUGCGGGCAAGGGAACGCAGUGCUCGAAAAUUGUCGAACGAUUUCAAUUCGAGCACUUAUCGGCUGGCGAUUUGUUGCGUGAGGAGCGCUCACGCGAGGGCUCUGAAUAUGGCCAGCUUAUCGAGGAGUACAUACGCAAUGGCAUGAUAGUUCCCGUGGAGGUCACAUGCUCGCUGCUGGAAAAUGCGAUGAAAAACUCGGGCAAGUCACGGUUUCUUAUCGAUGGAUUCCCCCGCAACCAGGACAAUUUGGAUGGCUGGAACCGCCAGAUGUCCGACAAGACAGAAAUGCAGUUUGUGCUGUUCUUCGAUUGCGCCGAAGAUGUGUGCGUGAAGCGCUGCUUGGGACGCGGCCAGAGCGGCUCCGGCCGCAGCGACGACAACAUGGAAAGCCUGAAAAAGCGUAUCCAAACCUACAACAACGACUCGUUGCCCAUCAUCAAAUACUUUGAGAAUGCAGGGCAGGUCAAGAGAAUUGACGCUAGCCCCGAUGCGGACAAAGUCUUUCAAGAGGUGGAGCGCGUGUUCUUAGCCAAUGGUUUCCAAUGAAACUCCCUGCGGAAUCGCCCAUUCAAUUGUUGACACUCUAGCUUGAAUUGUGUGUGUUUUCCUAAUACGUGUGUAAUCUUAAUUGUAAAUCCCUCCUCCCUUACUUAAAUAUAUGAAUAUUUACGCUUGUUAUCA